CACCUCUUCUCCGUCGACACAAACACAACCCUUCCCCCUCCCUCGCCGCGCGUGAAGGACAACAACACCGCAAACCUCAACGACUCUUCUUCUUCCUUCACGAAGAUCUACAAAAUCCGCGCCGCCCCCUCGGCACCAGAAAUAACCUCCCUCCCCCCUCAACCCCUGCUCGGCAAAUUCAUCAAAAUCGACGACUCCCUCGGUCCCAAAGACGACCCCAGGCGCAUACAGGCAAUGGACUACAACAACCACCUCGCGGCCGCGCGCCUCCGCAACCUCAAGAACCGCAACAACGUCGCCGCGAUGCGCAGCCGGAACCGUCGGGACCGCGCCGCCGUGCUCCGCGCCGAGGACGCGAGCUUCGCCAAAGCAGAGUGUCGGUACUGGAAGGCCAGAGCUAUUGCCGCGGGUGCGGAUCCCAGGGGGUGGGAGUAUUUGCCGGACGUGGCCAAGGAGGCCGUCGCUGCGGAUUAUCGUAUUGACGCGUUGGAUUUCUUUCAGGACGUGGGCGAGGUUGCGCCUGCGACGCCCAAGAAGGUUCUGGCGAAGAGAAAGCGUUGA